AUGCCCGCGUCGUCUUCAAGUUCCACGCACGUACGGACACGGACCAGGCUGCUGUGUGCCAGACGAGGGCGGGCACUGUGGCAUUACACGAAUGACGAGCACCUACUGAAGGGUUUCAUCGAUGCACUAGAAAGCUUUGAAGAUAUAUGUCAGCGAGGCGUGACCACUGGCGCUAUUGUCGGUCCAGGAUCCAUUCUUCUCGACGACGGUCCGGAGAUGACAGGCUGGAUGGUAGAUUUCGACAUACCGCAUCACCCUGACUCUCCUAUGUGUGACUACACUAGUCUACAUUUCAUGUCCGGCGAUGAUCUGUGCCACAUCGUAAACACGGGGGCCUCUUCGCAACGCCAAUUCAAAACGCCCGAGGAAGUGGAGGCUGCUCGCGCCGAGACGUUGGCAUACACACUGGCAUACGCCCUCUUCCGAACAUCAAUCGCUUGCAAAAGGACGCCAGGCGCAUUCAUCACCCCAUCAGCAUUCAAUCUCUCGCUCAAGCGCCAGUCUUCCAAAUCGCAAUCUCCCCUUGCGUCGGAGUUCGCACAUACCUUCGAAAACGCCGACAUCCAGUUGCUUCUGGCAAACCGAGAAGCAGCCGGUCCGUUUGCCUGGGCAACCGAUGCUCCCGAGCUUGCAUGCGGCAUACGAUGGUUGCUCGACCAAUUGUACGAUCGACACCGCUCGUAUACGAGAAGUCAAGCGAACGCACGGGCAUGCGCGUUUCUCACGAGUAUGCAAGAGGACGAAGACGAAAGUCCAAAUGUAGCAAGCGCUACUGUACUAGCCGCCACUCCGUAUACAUACGAGUCUUUGCACGAGCUGCUCGACGACGCUUUAUCGCUUGUUCUGAAGAUGUCAGGCUUGCCUUCACCCAACAAACAAUAUCGAUAUCCUUUCCCGACUCAUAUUGAGGGCAGUAUCGCCCGACGUGUCCAUGGUGCAGUGAGACGGCGGGAGUGCUGCAUUCAAUGA